AUGUCUAUCCUAUUCUUUUCAUCUAAUAGAUCGUAUAUAAUUUGUCGUCAUUUAUCUACAUUUAUUGUACGUCAAAAUUCUAAUCAAUUAUUAUCAAAUUUAGCUUAUAUUUCAAUACAAAGAAAAAUUAAUCAUUAUAAUAAACGUAGUAUUACACUAAAUACACCAUCAAAUAAUGAAAAACAGACAUCAACUAUACAAAAUAAUAAAUUACCUUUUCAAUUUCCACCUGGUAAACCAAAUGAUCAACCAACAAUUGAACAUUUACGUUAUAUUGAAAAUCAACUUAAACAAAUCUUACCAGAUUUUUGUAAACGAAUGCAUCCAUAUGCUCUUUAUACAGCUGAUAUGACUUUUGAAAAUUAUUAUCAAGAUCCACCAAAAAUUAUUAAAGGAGCUGGUAGUUAUGCUUUGUCAUUAUUUUGGAUUCGAUUAAAAUUAAAUUUUAAAUUAAUGAAUUUAACUAUUCAAUUACUUAAAACAACUAUUGAUGAAGAAUCAAAUUGUGUUAAAAUUCGUUGGCGUAUAUCAGGUCUAACAAAUAAAUCGUUUAUUGGUAUUCUUAAAGGUUGGAAACAACCACGAGAUGUAGCUGGAAAUAUACGUGAUUAUGUUGAAUAUAUUGAUGGUCUUUCAACAUUUUAUGUACGUGGUGAUGGUCGAAUAUAUAAACAUCGUGUUGAUCGAGUUACAGUCGAUGAAGACGAUGAAUUUACUAAAAAAAUUAUGAAAUAA